AUGUUUGAAGAAAGAGCAAUAGAAGAACUAAUAGAUACAAUAUCUAAUUUAUACGCUUCUCCCAAAUUAGCACUUUAUUAUCUUGAUUAUUUUAAACAAAAAGCAAAAAAUAAUGUGCUCGUCCAAGAAGCACCGGAGCCUGUUAAACAUGUGGAACAAGCGUGUAAAGAAUUAGAGAUCCGUAGCGUCACGCGCUUUUAUCAAGUUGAAUCAGAUUAUUAUGAAUGGGAGCUUCAGAGACGCGCAUUUCGACUCCUUGCACCAUCAAGAAAACAUUUGUGCAAGAGCGUCAUCUUCGAGAAUACUCAUUCUACCCAUGAUAGUAUUGAUGAUCCAAACAAUUCAAAAUACUACUGCGUCAUAGUUCAGUAUAUUGCUUCUAUUAACACCCAGAAAUUGAUGAACUUUGUUCGUGCGCUCUCAGACAAGAAAAUUAGCAAAAAGCAUUAUAAUUUUCGUUUGGCUUCUCCCGAGAAAUCACUUGAAUUGACUGGCUUUGGAAAUGGCGGCGUGUCUCCGAUCGGAAUGAGAAACCAAAUUCCAAUUAUUCUCUCCAAAAAUAUACUUUCUCUCCAACCACCAAUUUUUUAUCUGGGUGCAGGUCAUAUAGAUUGGAAAUUAGCAUUGCCAGCGGAUAAUUUUGUGGAAAAAACACAUUGCUAUAUAGCAGAUUUAUCAUGA